AUGAGGCAGUUCGCGCGCCACUGCGUAUGUUUGAGCCUGCUGCUGACGACGGUGGCGGCGAGGUCCGCCGAGACGAACCCCGCGUCGAAUUCCAUCGACGAGCAGCAGCAGCACCAACAGAACAGCGCGAGGUCGAGUAACAACGGCCUGUUCGGCGACCUGCGCUACGUUUACCAGGUGUACAAAGAAUGCUCCGGCGCGGAACUGAGUCCAUGCCUGAAGCUGAAACUCGUGUCGGCCAUGGACCGGGUUUCCCGGAGCUCGCGGUUGAAUCUCGCCGAAGGUGUCACUCUGGUGCAGGACGAGCCGGCCGCGAACGAGUCCGAGCCGGAAAAAUCUCUCCAAGAGAUCGAAGCCGGUUUGCCGCGCGCGUUGGAUGACAAGGAAGACGCUCUCAACGGUAUGAUCUUCGACAGGAUCGCCAAGUUCUUCCAGAGCUACACUCUGAAGCUGAAACUGCCGAACGUUGAAGAGCUCCAGCGCAGCCUCACGGAAGAAGGUCGCAAGAAGAAGAACAAGAUGGGCGGCCUCCUCGCCAUUCCUCUGUUAAUUGGCGGCACAUUAGUACCGCUGGCGCUCGGCGCUCUCGCGCUCUUGGCCGGCAAGGCGCUGAUAGUGAGCAAGCUCGCCCUGGUGCUCGCCUCUAUCAUCGGGCUGAAGAAGCUCGUGUCGGGCGGCCACGACCACGGCCACGAGGUCGUGCAGGUCGGGGGAGGAGGAGGAGGACACGGCUCGAGCGGAUGGGCGAGAUCGGGACACGAGCUGGCCUACUCCGCGUACAAACCACCGUCUACCUAG